UCGCUCUCAGGUCCCAGCUGGCCCUGAACGCACCAUCACGUCACAGGUCAGAGGAAGCAACAUGGCGGCGUCCAAGAAAGUGUUCGAGGUGUUCGUGUCCAAAGUGCCGUGGACUGUGGCCACCAAGGAGAUGAAGGACUACUUUGGGCAGUUUGGAGCCGUGAAGAAGUGCCUGCUGCCGUUUGAUAAAGAAACGGGCUUCCACAGAGGCUUCUGCUGGAUCGGCUUCUCCUCUGAGGAAGGACUCAACAACGCUCUGCAGAAGGACCCGCACGUGCUCGAGGGCGCCAAGCUGCAGGUUCAGAGGAACAGACGCCCGUUCGCAGGACAGAAGUCGGACAAAGACGCCGAGUACGACUGACGCUCCGAGGACGCGCCGCUUUUCUUCUCUGUGCUCCGGCUGCCUGCUCGGGCCGGCGUCACACUUCCUAUUUGAUCAUCGUCACUGAAUUGAUGACCGAGCCGUCAGUCCUCAUUUUGUUAUUUAUUGUCAGCCGCCGUGCUGGACUUCCUGUUGCAACGUGAAACCGUUCAUGCCGAGCUGUACAGAAAAAAGCCAAUAAAGACCAAACUAAACUCCA